AUGCCACGAUUCGGACGCAUAUGUGCCGCCUUCGCACCACGAAGACAGUCCACCGUCCGUCCUUUCCACUAUGGGACCAGAGAUGCUCAAGGAGCCUCGUCUCCGGUCGUGGCUCCCACGGAGGUCGAUAACGAUGAAACAAAUACCACUGAAGCAGUGCCUAUCGAGGACGAGGUAGAGAAGCACAACUCAGUGGAAGAAAAGAAGGCUAAGCCACCUACCUUCAAAAUCGAGAUUCCGAAAGUCAAUAUCCAGUCCGCCAUCAAGACGAUGCAAUUGGCACAUACACACGGCCUUACAACUGAAGGAGUGAUUCUUGGGUCUUCCCCAGAGCCCGCGAAACCGUCGAGAUCUCCUAUAUCAGUCAGGCAGGACGGGGCCUUGGCCGCUCGUAUGAAGAACGCUCAUGCGCAAGCUAGACGAGGGGCAGGGAUGAAGGCAACCCUGUCCCGGAGACAGAAGCUGCCUUUGAUGGCUGAGGACACUCUGAAGGCGCUCUUGGAGCUGGUCAACGACAAUGACGUGGCUAUCGUCUUGGCCAAAACUGGCUGUGGAAAGACCACUCAAGUCCCUCAGAUCCUGCUCGACGACAUGAUAAUUUCCAGUCGGGGUCCGUGUGCAAACAUCGUCUGCACUCAGCCUCGGAGGCUGGCAGCGACCUCGAUUGCGCAGAGAGUGGCUCAAGAACGUCAUGCUACCAUUGGUGGCACAGUUGGCUAUCACAUUCGCAACGAGGAUCGGUUGCCCGUCUCUUCCGGUUCUAUCACGUAUUGUACCACCGGCAUUCUUUUGAACAGACUGAUUUCCGAUGCAGAGCGUGUCUUGUUGGAGCACUCCCACAUUAUCAUUGAUGAGGUGCAUGAACGUGACAUACAGAUUGACCUCGUCCUGUCUCUUCUUCGCAACGCAGUCCGUGCCAGCAAGGCAGCAGGGCGACCGCACCCAAAAGUUAUCCUCAUGUCUGCUACAAUUGACCCUUCGAGCUUCCUCGCUUAUUUCACGCGACCAAGCCAUGACGGCACGACCCUUACCGCUGACUACGUGGAUGUGGAAGGGAGACAUGCGCACAUUGAGAACCACUAUCUCCCAGAAAUCCUGCUGGAUAUGUCGCAGGAAGGUGCCUUACAGGAGCCAAUGUAUCAAUACAUCCAGGGCAGCCAUGUCAUGUCCAGUCGACGUUUCGUCGAGCAUGAGAUGCAAUUUGCUGCGAAACGAGCUAAACUUGUAUCUGCCUUGGAUGGUGGUGGAACGAGAGACAGCGACGAGCCACCGACUUCCGUCGGGGACGACGAGUCCGCAGGACCCACUGGCCCCUUGUAUGUCGGUCUGGCAGCGUCGGUAAUUGCUCAUAUUGCGCUCACCAAACCAGAGGGCGACAUCCUCGCAUUCUUUCCUGGAGCUACGGAUAUGGAAAAUGUGGAGCUCUUGUUGCGUAGCGGCCGGUUUGUCGAUACGGGACUUGAUGUCCAGGAUCCGAAGAAGAUCAGACUGUUCAAACUCCACUCACUACGCAGAGAAACCAACAAUCACGUCUUUGACCCAGUCCCUCAGGGCUGUCGAAGAAUCAUUUUGGCAACGAACAUCGCUGAGACGUCGAUUACGCUGCCAGAGGUUGUUUACGUCGUUGAUACCGGCAAGGAGCGUAAUAGCCUUUUCGACCCGUCUACGCUUGCGAAAAGCCUGCCAUAUGCCUGGAUCAGCAAGACAAGUUCGAUCCAACGACGAGGGCGAGCUGGACGGGUACGCAGUGGCCACUACUAUGCCCUCUUCACCAAGGAACGGCAUGACUCGUUUCGACCAAUGAACCGCCCUGAGAUUGGCGAAUCCGACCUUGCCGAAGUAGCCCUGCAAUUCAAGGCUUUUUCGCAGCACGCCGAUGUCGAAGACCUUCUACUUGACACUCUGGAGCCACCCAGCCGUCCCGCUGUUGACAACGCGAUCAGACAGCUGCAAGGUUUAGGCGCUUUGACCGGGACUGGCGACAUCACCAGCCUGGGCAGACUUUUGUGGCAACUCGGAGUACAUCCGGCCCUGGGAAAGGCGAUCCUUCUUGGAUGCCUGUUUGGAUGCCUGGAACCCAUGCUGAUCAUUGCUUGUCACGACGCUGGUAGCCCGCUCAUAUCGAAUCUCGAAUUGAGUAUGGAGAGAGUACGAGAGGUAAGGAAGCGAUAUCUUCCUGAGUACGAGACGGACUUUGCUUGGAUUAUCGAAGCGUUCAGAGAGUAUCACGCAGCCAAGAUCGCUGGCGACGGCAACCUCAUGCUAGAGCUACAGGAGACCAAGCACAUCCGACACCGCGCUUAUCUUGACAUGAUGAUAACGUGCGAGGGUCUCCAUCAUGUCCUUGCACGUAAAGGCUUCGUGCCGGCACCACAGCCCGGCAAGACGCUUUUUGAAAUGCUUCCCGCGGCUCUCAAUGCCCACCGCAACGACAUGGUGCUCGUCAAGGCACUGCUUAUCAACACCGUGAGUGCCGAGCUGGCUGCCUGGUCUGACGCCCAACCCUCUGGCUGGACAGUCGAUAGCCCCGAGCUCAGGGGCUUGACCUCGAAAUUCGGGGUCAACGAAGCGAAGACAAAUUCGGAGCGGCGUCGGAAGAGAAAGUACCGUACCCACGGCCGUUUGAUGGCGUACACAUAUAAGCGAGAAGCUUCCGACGGACCUGACGACGUGGUUUUCCUAGAACAGGCCUCGAUGGUGACACCCCUGAUGGCGCUCCUGUUCUGUCAGUCGCUGGCCCUGCAGAGCGAGCACACCCUUCAGCUCAACCGCUGGCUGUUGCUUCAACUUAAGGCAACUGCAGACGUUCCGCCCGCGGUUGCUACUAAAGUCGCGACCAUCCUGCUGGAAUUGAGGAAAACCAUCGACCGCCUCGUCAGCCUUGCAUGGUUGGACCUAGAAGGGCUCGAUCAAACAGCAAAUGGGAGCGACUUUUGGGGUGAUUCUCCCCAACGACAAGAUCAAAAACAUCAACUUCGCCUGAGCCCGACAUUGCGAAAGGUCAUGGUCGAUGCGGUCGUCGAAAGGCUCGUUCAAGCAGCACCCGAGGAAGACUUUUCUGAUGAUUCUCCACAAGGACAAGACCAAAAAUAUCAGCUUCGUCUGAGCCCGGUACUGCGAAAAGUCAUGGUCGAUGCGGUCGUCGAAAUGCUCCACGCGGACGCAGCAUACUGGUCCGACUUCAAGUCGAGGCGUCGGAAGUGGAUCGAUCGCGAAGUCGAGCGCCUAGCGAGUGAGAAGAUGCAGGCUGCCGCUCUACUUGAGGACGUGAAGGCAGACAUCGACCAGAUCGACGAAGAUGAUGACGGACCUGAGGCGGAGGGUGAAUCUGAUGAUUAG